CCAAUCGACGCCGGCGGAUCGGGAAACGUCACCGUCCCCAAGCCAAAGCCCGCUCUCCCAUCCAGGUCCACUCCAUCUCCGUCUCCUCCCCACCCCUCCCUUCAAUUGUGCGAUGGUAGUGGUGGGCUCGCUGGUCACCUCCCGGUCGACGACCCCUGUGUGUCUGGUCCUUGUUCUAUCCUAUUCCCCGUCCUCUUCCUAGGCAAGGCAAGGUAAGGCGACCUGAGCCAGGUUCUCUCCCAAUUCCACGUCCAAAUCACUUCUUAACCCUAUCCCUCGACCGUGCCGGCGCCGCUCCUCUCUUUUCUCGUCUGCUGUCCCCCCUUCCGUGCUUCUCGCCUAUCUUACGGCUUGCUCACUUCCUCCAGUCGGCCCUCGACUGAAUAAUAUCCGUCUUCGUAUCCGCCUACGCGGCACAGAACCGAAGCAUCGGAUCGUCGCCAUUUCUCGGCCAUAUCUUCUUGCGGUACCACCCACACUGCACUAACUCAAACACACCACCGUCGGCGGUCGGUGACGUCGUCUCACAUCUCCCACGCACGCGCGUACUCCCAUCCCUUCAUUCCAGUUGCUUCGCGAAGCAUCGCCUGGUCAGCGGUUUGAAUACUUUACCGGCCGAGCCACCCUGACAAACGGUGUCAAGUCGCGACGCAGCUUGGAUCCAUCCCGCGUUUAUUCAUUGUCCCACGUGUCCUCUCGGAAAGCGCCCGCCGCCUGCGAAUAAGCAUUGCGCCGGCAUGGCUUCCGUCACGUCCUUAGACAAGGACUUGCGCAGGUUGCGCUUGGAAAAGUACACGCCAGUCGCAGCCAACGAAGCUCGGUCGUGGAUUGAAGGCGUCUUGGGAGAUAGGCUCCCGUUCAGCGAUCUCCUCGACAGCCUCAAGGAUGGCGUAGCGCUCUGCAAACUGGUCAACCUGGCCAUCGGCUCGCCGGGAGUCAAGUUCAAGCAAUCCGCGAUGCCUUUCGUCCAGAUGGAGAACGUAUCCCACUUCCUCCGCGCCUGCCGCUCACCGCCUCUCAACCUCCAGGAGCACGACGUAUUCCUCACCGUCGAUCUCUACGAGCGAAAAGACCCCGCCCAAGUGCUCCAAUGCCUCGGUGCCUUCUCGCGCGCUGCCAACUCCGUCAACCCCUCUGCAUUCCCCGCGCCCAUCGGGCCUAGGGCCAAGGGCUCUGUUGUGAGCCCACAGAGCACCGGCCCGACGACGCCGAGGAACCGCGCCAUGUCUAAUGUUAGUAACACGUCAUCGGGAUACGGCGCGCGGCCUAAUGUGACGCCUGUGAUGACCGGAGAUUCAAGUUCCGGACGUUGGAGUCCCACCAAGAGCCCAACCUCAGCGAGCGACCGGGUAGGGUCCCCGAGCGUGUCGAGCUGGAGCAAGAGGGACCACGAAGGGGUCACCAGCCCGGCGUGGAACAUCGCACAGUACGGUUACAUGGGUGGUGCGAGCCAGGGAAACCUCGGAAUCUCGUUCGGAGGCCGGCGCCAGAUCACCACUGCUGGGCCUCACAUCCCUAGUUUGGCCGAGAAGGAGCGCAAGCGAAAAGAGCAGGAGGCCGAGGCCGAGCGCCAGAGAAAGCAAGCUGAGGAAGCGGAACGCGCUCGUAAGGAGGAGCUUGAGGCUGAGGAGAACCGAGCGCGACUGGAAGAGGAACGUAGGUGGGAGGAAGAGACAACGCGGCAGCGAGAUGAGGAAAAACGUAGGGCGGAGGAGGAGAGACGGCGGUGGGAGGAGGAGGAACGCCAGUGGAAGAUGACGGAGGAAAGGCGACGCAGAGAAGAAGAAGAAGCCGAGGCGAGACUGGCCGAGGAGCGCCGUCGCAGCAAAGUGAAAAACGACACCCGGCUUCAGGGACAACUUCUCAGCCAGUACCAGGCCGAACACGGGAUAGCGCCACAGAAGAGCGGCGACGGCGGCGGAUACAGUGACCGCGUCAAGCAACUAGAACGCGAACUAGAGCUAGCUAGGAAGCGAGAGCAAGAAUACGAGGAAGACCGGCGGAGACGAUCACAUAACCGGGCGCGGUCCCGUAGCCGACCCAAAAGGCCAGAGCGGCCGCCUAGUCGACAAGAUUCGUGGUCGCGAAACGAGCGCGAGUUCCUCCAUACACAACGCAAUCGGCGUCCGGAACAGGAGCUGACGCCGGAGCCGGACCUGGAGACCGCGCCCCCGCCCCCGCCGCGCCCGCUCCCCAUACCCGGAGCAACGGCGCCGGGAACGAUACCUAUAGCGGCGCAGCGGACUGGGGGGACAGCGCCGGUGAAACCACAGAGAACUGGCGAGCGUAGGCCCCUUCCCAUUCCGGAUCGGCUUCGAAACCAGGCAAGCGGCGGCCCCGCCCCGAGCUCGUCGCGGCCUCUCCCCGUCCCUUCUCCAAUUCAGAAUGGCACCCGCACGGACCGCUUCCUCGCUGCCAAUCCGGCACCAGCACCGACACCUCCGCAGCAGACCUACGCUCCUGAACUUGGAGCCACCGCGGAGCGUGAUGCAGAGGACAGACGCCGGGCCGAGUCUCAAGCAAAGACUAAAGCUGGUGGCUGGGCCAGCAAGUCCUUGCUUGAACGCGAGAUGGAAAUGGAAAGGCAGAGACAGCGCGAAUGGGAAGAAGCGCAGAAGGAGACGGCGAAAGCUGCUAGGACGAGCGAUGGCGUUGACGGCAUCGGAGGCGGGGUCGGCGGUCGAUGGGACGUGAGCCAAUGGAGCGGAUAUACCGGAGGAGAUAGUCAGAACAAGGGAUCGGCGGGCAUCGGCGCUGGGCGAAGGCAGAUCGUCGGACCCAGACCGCUACCAAACAGGCCCGGACCGUGAGCUGUGCAUGGUCGGAGAGAAGGCGGCGAUGCGUACUAGUCCCUAAGCCGAAUAUGUUUUGCCGGUAUAUCAUUAUGGGAUCGUGGGGAAUACCGUUCCGCAAGGAACUCACAUCAACAUACACACAUACCCAAGCGUGUGGA